GAAUGUCAUCAUAUCAUUAGAUACACUUGUACUUCCAGCAGCAAAUACACUUAUUCUGAUAAACUUUCUAUAACUUUCAGAUAUUCAUAUGCUAUCAUAUUUGUCAUCACCUGGCCUCUAAGAACAUGAUUCCUUUCACGUGUAUUCUUAUUACAACAAUUUUAACUAAUCAAGUUUUGUCUAAAAACAAAAUAUUCAAGGAAAUUCCCAUUUAAUUGCACGGGAUGGACAUGCGUUUAAACGACGGUAGAUGAGUGAUAAGUUUGAACAAGAAAGCAACUUUUAUAGAGACUCAUACUGUUUCUUACAGUGAAUAAAUCAUACACUGAAUAAAUGUUUAUUAGGAGAAAAGAAAAAGACACGCGCACACACGUACUCACACAAGAAAAUAUUAAGUUGUAUUUGGCAAACAAAGCAGCAAAUAACAGUAACAUUUUAAAGAGAAAACUAAUAUGCCUUAGUACAUCAUCGAUGAGAUGCGAUAGCGGUCGGUAGAGAGAAAACAUCAGCGGUAGCUGUUGCAGGGAAUCGAUAGAACUACCAAUCUCGAAAUCAACAUGUAAGAAGUAACAGCAUUUUUACUUCAGUUCGCUCACUUUGGAAUAACAAUAUCACAACUCUAGCGAUCACGUCUAUCGUAAAAAUGGGGUAACGACAUAUCAAAGACGAAGGUGAUUGAAGGAUACAAAAUUAUACUCCUUUAUUGUUUCGCAAGCAUGAUGGGUCAGUAAAUUACAACUUUGAGAAGUACAAAGGCGUUCUAAACUCUGUGUGGUUACAAGAAAAGCCAUGUACAUCUUUUGAACGACAUUUACUGAAAUAUGAAAGUACAAACAAAGGAAAAUCUCUGAAGGAAAAAAUCUGGUACUUGAAGUAAAAAGCAUGGAGGUUGUGACUUCAACAUUAGAGUCCAGUUUUAUUAAACAUCUACCAAACAGCACUGAUACUAACCAUGAAGAAUUUUAUCAUAUGGCUCAAUACAUUACUGGACUUAUUGUUUACCCAAUCACUUGCGUUUUCGGCAUAACUGGCAAUAUACUUACAUUGGUCGUUCUCUCUCACAAAGAUUUAGCUACAUCAACUAACGUCUAUCUCUCAGCACUUGCUGUUGGAGAUCUGAUAAAAUUGAUCAAUGACACGUUGUAUUUCAUUGUUUUGCUCAUUAAGACAUGGAAUCCUGAUAAAGGUGAUGAAUCCCUUUCAAGACUUUAUCCAUACGCCCACUAUUUAUUUAACCUAUCUCUCUGCAUAACAGGAUGGCUAACAGUAUCAGUUGCAUUUGAACGUUAUAUUUCUAUAUGCCAUCCAACAAGAGCCAAAGAGAUGUGUACAGUUUUUAGAGCUCGCAUUGUGAGCACUUUUGUAUUUAUAUUUAUGAUAAUAUUCUCGCUUCCGUCAGCCCUUCGAUAUAAAACUGUUAUACGGCUACGACCUAAUACUAAUGACUCAUACCAUGAUGUAGAACUAACUGAUUUGGGUCGAAAUGAUGCAUUUAUGACUCCUUAUACAUGGGUACAAAAUUGCUUGAGAACACUUUUACCUUUGCUUAUAUUAGUUUUCUUGAAUGCUCGAAUUGUCCACGAGUUAAGAAAAUCACGUGUCCCAGGUAAGAAAUUGUCCUCAAGAAACCGUAUUACUUUAAUGUUAAUCGUUGUCGUGAUAGUAUUUAUUAUUUGCAUUACUCCAGAUGCUAUCAUGUCGACAGUAUUUGGAUUUGGCUAUUACGAUGAAACAAACUUAGUUAGAGGAAUCAGAGAAAUAACUGACACUCUAUUGGCAAUCAACUCAGCAUGUAAUUUUGUACUCUACUGUACUAUGAGCAAAGUAUUUCGAGAUACUUUCGUUAAAAUGUUUCUGAGGGACUGUACUUGGUGUCCAAUGUGGUGUUCGAAUAAAUGGAAGCUAGAAUCUCAAACAAAUCAGAUUAAUAGCACGGUAAAAUGAUAAAAUACCUCAUUAAAUAUUGCAUCAUACGGAAUUAAAAUAGAACCCUUUCUUCUAUAGAGUUUCUGAAAUAAAAUAUAGUUGAAAAUGUUGAAUUUAACCUUUGUUACACAACAUAUUUUUGAUGCUGACUUAUAAGUGCAUCAACGGCUGGUGCUCCAUACAGAAACACAAAAAUCCGGUGCUGACUAUACUUUUAUUAAAGAAAAUAUAUAUUAUUAAAAAAUGAUGAUACUGAAAAAGAACAUAAUUUCAUUUUAAUGAAAAGUUACUGCUGAACGUGUUUCUGUAUAUUGAACAGAUACUGUUAGAAAAAAAAUAUUAGUAGAGGUCAUAACUGAUGGUAAUUAUUGUCAGAAGUAUAUUGAACAUAUAUUCACUCAAAAUAUAUUAUUGUAAUUAGAUGUAAAUAAAGAGGCACAUAGUUACUACAAAAUAAAUCAUUGAAAAUGGAUGUCAUUUGCAUAAAAAAUAUAUCAAUGAUAUCAUUCAGUGAAAUCUACAUUUAUCAGACGCUGUUGAUAUAAUAAACCUUUAUAAUAUAUUUUUUGCAUAAUUAA